UGUUCCGGCCCACGUAAAUCAAGGGGCUGAACGGAGCUGUUUGCACGUUCCCACGUCAUGGACCGGAAGCCUCGUACCGUAUUAAAGCAAACAUUGACGUUGCAGAUCCCACGGCCGUAGACUUUCUCAAUCCUUUUGCCUCUUUCACCUCACCCAACUAUCCGCUUGAGCCCAGUCCUCGCCGAAUUCGAACUCGUCGCAUAAUCGAUCCGAAAUUGAGCAUACCGAUACAUCGGCCUCCCUCACAAUGCGUUUCCAAGUCGUCUCCUUCCUGGCCGCUCUGCCAUUCUCCCUAGCCAACCUCGCCGACCUGUCCUACUCUGCGCCGCCGGAGCGUCUGGCCGCAGCUCAGAAAGAAGCCGGAUGCAAUCUUCCAGCAGGCUUCCAGAUCAGCGACUUUUCGGCCAAGACGAAUGGCACUGGGCCGACACCGGCUCUUACCGCGUAUAGCUUCGCCUACUCUGAUCCGGACACAGACGUUGCUGUUAAGUGCUCCUACAACUCGAGCUCCGUCUCCACCACGCCGGGGAGCUUGACACCGCGGUACGCGUGCGAGAACAGCGAUGUCAAGUUCAUCUUGAGCGGUGCCACGGGGAGGACGUUGACUCUGAUUGAGAGGAUCUGCCCCGGCCCCAAUGGUGUCAAGGGGUACGAGGUCGCCGGCGCAGUGGACCUUGCCCUGAAUUGCUCAACGACACCGGCUUCGUGUAAGACUUCUUCGAACGAUGUCCGGGGAAAUUUUACCUCGCUGGACCCUGUGACCGAUCCGACCCGAAUCAAGCGCUGGGUACCUAGGUAG